AUUUUUGCCACGAAACUUUCAACGGAAUCGAGGCUAGGGUCAUCGCCCAUGCGCAAAUGUCACUUCCUCUUACUUCAGGAAAAAGAAAAUUCGAACAGAAAAUCACCUUUGGAAUUUUGGUAAAUUGUCCUAUUCGACGUCAAGAUCAAAACAAUUCUUUGUGUGUAGUAGUUAGAAGGAUAUUCUGAGAACAGUUUGCAAUCCAUGAAAUAUGGAGAAUCCUCCAUUGAGAGAAGGCUAUCAUCGGGUGGAACUAAACAAAACUGUUUGGGACAUUCCCAAAAGGUAUCAAUAUCUUGAAGCAGUGGGAUCUGGAGCCUAUGGGCAAGUUAGUUCUGCAUUAGACACCCACACAAACCAACGUAUUGCUAUUAAGAAGAUAGCAAGGCCGUUCCAGUCCCCAAUCCAUGCCAAGCGCACAUUUAGAGAAGUGAGAAUGUUAAAACACAUGGACCAUGAAAAUAUAAUUGGUCUCUUAGAUAUAUUUACCCCAGCUGUAAGGCUAGAAGAUUUUAAUGACGUUUAUCUUACCACACAUUUAAUGGGAGCAGAUCUCAACAAUAUUGUUAGAACCCAGAAACUUAGCGACGACCAUGUACAAUUCUUAACCUAUCAAAUAUUAAGAGGGUUAAAGUAUGUCCAUUCUGCAGGCAUAAUACACAGGGAUUUAAAACCAAGUAAUAUAGCAGUAAAUGAAGACUGUGAGUUAAGGAUCCUUGACUUUGGAUUGGCUCGCCAGGCGGAUGAUGAGAUGACAGGUUACGUUGCAACACGAUGGUACAGAGCACCUGAGAUCAUGUUGAACUGGAUGCAUUAUAAUCAAACAGUGGAUAUUUGGAGUGUUGGUUGCAUUAUGGCAGAACUACUUACAGGAAAGACACUUUUCCCAGGCACUGAUCAUAUUGAUCAAUUGACCAAAAUAAUGAAGUUGGUUGGGACACCAGAUGAGAGGCUUCUAGCUAAGAUAACCAGUAAAGAGGCAAGAUCAUACAUUGAAUCCUUGCCAAAAAUGAAGAAGCGGAACUUCGCAGAAUACUUUUAUGGGAAAACUCCAAAACAAAACUCCUUAGCCAUAGAUCUUCUGGAGCAUAUGCUAGCUCUAGAUACAGAGACAAGAUUUACAGCAGAACAGGCUUUAGCACAUCCAUAUCUCAGCCAAUAUUCAGAUCCCACUGAUGAGCCCAUAUCUGAGCCAUACGAUCAGUCAUUUGAGGACAAAGAGUUGAGCAUUACAGAGUGGAGAGAAUUAGUCUGGAAUGAAGUCCAGUCAAAAAAGCCCACCAGAUCACUUGACCCAAUGGACAUGUGACCCUGAAUACUGAUAUGAUAUGCGGAAGUAUAUGCUGCAUUAGAUAGAUGUUGCCAUGUUGUAAAUACACAGAGAGAAUACAAGUAGACUGGCACUUGGUAGACGUAUAUAAACUGGAUGCAUCCCUGAAUAUCAAGGAUAAUGCUGCAAUUGAUACACUUCUUUAAAAGCCCAAUGCAAUUUUGAUCAUUUCAUUUACAUGGGGCCUUUAAAAAGUGUUUUUGAACCAUUUUUUAUUUUUGAAAAUUUGGGUUUUUGUUGAAAUUGGCUAUUUUUAGUCAAAAUUGUCAAUACUUGGUCUAUUUCUCACUCUUUCUGUAGUGAAAACAACCUCAUAAUAUAUUUGUUUUUAUUCGGAAAACAACACUUUACCACCACAUUGAAGUGCAGUACUGGUCAAAGUUGACCUUUAAUGCAGUAGACUGUAGCUUUACAUUUAUUUAUAAUAUUAAAGAAGUUGUGAGGUUAGUUUUGAGCUGUACUGUAUACCAAACUGAAGCAAGGUUAUAAUGAGCCAGUUAUACAGGUGUAUAUGUAAGAAUGAGAACUUGUAUAUGUAGCAAAGAGAACUUUAAUAUAUAAGAUUAUACUGAACAAAAAUAUAAAAAUAAAGAGAACCUUAUCUGCUCACCUCUAUAUUUCACUUUCCACAGUUUUAUGUCUGUCUUUGCCGAGCUGGCUCAGAAUAGAAUAUGCCAUGUCAGAUUCGCAGAAUUGUAAAUUGACAGAUGGUCUGUUAUGGCUAAAUUCUGCAUUUGUACUCUGUUAUAAUUAGCCCAUACAUCAUACAUAGCCAAAUUAAAUUAUUUUAAUUUGUUGUCUGUUGAUUUAACCAUUAGAUGGCAGCAUGUGUCAACUUUCAUGAAUUAUUAUGUUAUUCAAGACUGACUUCAACUUUUUUGUCAACUUUUUCUAAUAUCUAGUACA